AUGCUGCCUCUCCACCUUUCGGUUAGCCUGGUGCUGACUACGACUUUGCUGGCCAUCGUCGCCAUUGCAGCUCCAGCCCCUCUCGGCGAACUGCACGCAAGCUCUUCUGUCAUCGACGGCCUCCAGGUUCGUUCCUUCGCCGCUCAUGGCAAGGCUGGCGCCAUUGCUAGGUCCUUAAAGGAGUCGCAAGCUAACACCGUCGAUUUCCAGCCCCAGGAGGGCGUAUUCACUAAGCGCCAUGAGGCCGACGCUGGGCAUGAAAAGCGUGACGAAGACGACGAAAACGAGCACAAUAACAAGAUCGACGUUGAUUCGUCGGUGGUGAACGAGCAUGUCCUCACAAAGCGUGAGAAAACGACCCCUCAAAGUUGCAAACGUCAAUGCACAAAGGAGGACCUCGAAAAAUGGUGCAAGUCCCAUAAAGCAACAUCAAACCGCGAUUUGAAGGGUGAGUGA